UAAAAAACCUAAUCGAUAAAACCAGAUCGGGAGGAGAGGGAAAAGCAAGACUUUGCCGGUCUCGAGCAAGAAAAUGGCGGAACACUUGGCUUCAAUUUUCGGAACGGAGAAAGAUAGGGUUAACUGCCCUUUCUACUUCAAGAUUGGAGCCUGUAGACAUGGAGAUCGGUGCUCUAGGCUUCACACCAAGCCCAGCAUCAGCCCUACACUCCUCCUCUCUAAUAUGUAUCAGAGACCUGAUAUGAUCACCCCCGGCGUCGACCCUCAAGGCCAAGCCCUUGAUCCCCGCAAGGUUCAAGAUCACUUUGAGGACUUUUAUGAAGAUCUAUUCGAGGAGUUGAGCAAAUACGGAGAUCUCGAAAGCUUAAAUAUUUGUGAUAAUUUGGCUGACCAUAUGGUGGGCAAUGUCUAUGUUCAGUUUAGAGAAGAAGAACAAGCGGCAAAUGCCCUUCAUAAUCUUAAUGGACGCUUUUAUGCAGGUCGACCCAUCAUUGUUGACUUCUCUCCUGUGACGGAUUUUCGAGAAGCUACUUGCAGACAGUAUGAGGAAAAUGUAUGUAACCGUGGUGGCUAUUGCAACUUUAUGCAUCUGAAGAAGAUAAGCAGAGAGUUGAGAAGGCGUUUAUUUGGGAGGAGCAGGCGCAGGCGUAGCCGAAGCCGUAGUCAAAGUCGAAGCCCCCACAAGCAUCAUGGAUAUGAAGACCGUCCCCAUGGUGGUGGUCGUGGACGUGGACCUAGUAGAAGAGAGGGAGAUAAGGACCCACGGUAUCAUGAGAGAAGCAGGAGGCCUAGAAGCCGUAGCCCUCGGCACAGAGGGGGACGGAGUAGGAGCCCUGGAGGGAGGAGGAAUAGAAGUCCGGUUAGGGAAAGUAGUGCGGAAAGAAGAGCUAAGAUUGAACAGUGGAACAGGGACAGGGAAAAGGCAGAUAAUGGUAGUAAUCAUCAGGAUGUCAAGGAUGUUGGUGGAAGCAAUGACCUUGCACAAAAUGAAGAUGAAUUUGAUCCUUCUAAGCAGUACUAGAGAAAAUGGUGGAUGCCGUGCUUGCCUGAAAGAAAUAUUUCUGGUGGAGGACAGGUUCCCUGUCACGUGUUAUUGAAUGUGAAUUCCAGUUUUGUUAACCUCGUCUCUUUCAUCCUAAAAAAGAAAAUGAAUAGGAUAGAAACAGUCGUUAUUGAGUAACCCUCUUGGAAAAUUCUUCAAUAGUCCAUACCAUUUUUGAAUUGAUCAUAGCCAUGGAUUCAUUAUCCAUCCCUAUUCAUUAUUUCUGUUGUCUUUUCGUUGUUCCUUGGUCGUUCACCUUAGGUGGAAUGCAUUUCCCCAUGCUUAUGGGAAUUACAGGUUGAAAUAAAACCUUAUAUAAGCUAAAAGUAGGACUAGUGUAUUGUAGUGCUUAACCUGCAAGAGUCUUGAGGAAAGGUUUCUUACAAACCAUUUUUAGUGUUUCUUUCCUUUUUUCCUUUUCUUAAACCUUCUGUUCAUCACUUUUACAUAAAGAGCAAGACCAAGAUUUUAGAACCAGCCUUCAUGUUUUCUGAUGGUUACAACUUUCUUAAUUAUACAGGUUAAUCUACGAAAUAAUGUUUGAGACGUUUGACAUUUGUGAUAUUGUUUUCUAAACCUCAAAAGUUUCCUCGGUAUUUCCUCCAAUUGGGUUUCUUGAGUUCUGGUUUACAUUUUUAAACUAGUAUUUUUCUAAAAACUUCUUGUAGAUAUAUUCAUACCUAAAGCAGAAGCCAGAAGUAGAGCUUGUUGUCAGCCUAAUUGAAUGUUAUUUCUGUUCAUGCUCUCAUCUUAACAGGAAAAAUAGAAUUAGAAGCGCUUGUGGUCAUGGCUUUUUACUACUUGUAUAUGGAUAUUGAAAUUUCUUUUUAUGUUUCUUACAUAUUCUGCGAGUUUUGCAGGUUCAGGUUUUCCUGCUUGCCCAAAUACUUCUUAGGCAGCUUACCAUCGUAUUCAUAAUACAGGUUUGGCUGUUAUCUGGAGGAUUUGCAGGAUUUGAUGUGAUGUUUUGUUGGACACAUGAAGGAAGCAACUCUACAACUUCUGUAAUGCUGAAAAGCGUAUGUCCUCGUUAGGUUGAUUUCCCUAUUCCAUCUUCAAGUAAGCUUAAAGAUUUCUGAGACAGAAGUAGAUGUAAUGCCGCUUUCUUGUUUUAAAUUGUGUUGUAUUUCCGAUAUAUUCUAUUGAGCUUUUCAGAGAUGGAUACUAUUGAGAGCUGCCUAUGAUAAUAGUUAAAGUUUGCUUUGGUUGGCUAGA